AGAGAUACUCAAAGACAAACCUAAUACAGGUACAAAAGCUAAUCAAACACUACGCCUCAACAAUGGUCCACCUCUGCCUCACUAAAUCCAUCAACAGUGGGAUCGCAUUCUGGUUUUCGAAUAUUAUUCUUGUUAUCAACAAUACUCGUGAGCAUAUCAUCCUUAAGAAGGGGAGAAGGGAGUAUUGCAAGGAAAAAGAGAGCUGGGUGGACUAUCCCAUUGAGAAAGGGGAAAGAAUUGGGCCAGGUGAGCAUGCCUGCUGCUGUGCGUCGAAAUUUGUGAAGGAAUGGAGGCGUACACUGAAGUUGAUGCGAAAGUAUUCGGAAAUGAGGGUUUCCCUUGAGGGUGAAGAUGACAGGAAAGCGAAGGUGCUAGCACUUCCUGAAGUUAUGAACAACAUAGCCUUCGUCUUCAACAUGGGAGACAACAAUCAGUUGGUAAUGGAAAGUGUAUCAAGGGAAGAAGCGAAAAGCAGAAAAAUCGAGCCUUCUCUUUGGAAGAAGCUUGAGGAGAUGAAAGUGCAGUUUAUAUCAGUCGUGGAUCCUCCCCUCUUUCUGAGUAUAUGGGGUUCAGCUUGGCAUUCUUACGCACAUGCCCAAACUGAAGGGUUCAUCGCAUGUGAAACAGAGUCCCUUCUCUCUUUUCUCCUGGAAAUCUGUAGGUGUAGUUCUUCUGAAGUUAUUGGGAAUUUUGGUCGUGUUUUUGCUCUUGUUCUGUUUGGGUUUAUAACAUCCUGUGAAUUGUGACUGCAGUUUGGAACCGGAUUCAGGCUUUUUUCAGCACAGUAUUCUUAGAAUUGGUUGAUGGCCAUUUAUUAGAGAAGUGUGAGAGUCUCAUGGGAGGAACCUGAGUUCAGUGAUCUAUUCAGUUUGUUAAUGGCAUUCGUAGUUUUCUCUUGCAGCAAAUAAUCUUCCAUGGUAUAUUGGUAUAACCGGUUUAACCAUACUUUUGAUCUCUUCUUUUAAACAACUCAUAAACAGAGGAACAUAGUAGGGUUCUCGCAUGGGGAUAGGGAAGGCAUGACUAAAGCUUCCAGAAUUUCAAACCUAUCUUGGUAAUCCCCAUUAUUUUUGGGCCUCCUCCCCCAGUCACAUGCAAAUCUGUGUAGAGAAUUCUGCUCAUUUUAUCUCCUGCUGCAGGACCAAACAUCUGCGCUCUUUUCUUCAAGUAUAUCCUAGCAAUAACAGUCUUCUGCUCUGGUGGAAUUCAAUGGAUCUCAAAGUAUUUGUUAGCCUUUCUUGCCCAUUCUCAUUGUCCCUUUCCAUCGAAAUGGGGAAAACUUGAUCUUAGGCAACCUUCCCCCUAUCUGCCCAUCGUUUCUGAAAGAUUUGUUCCCAGAUGGUUAAUUUCUGUUGCUUUCAGAGUCUCUUCAUUGUAUAAAACAUGAUUAAAUGGCUCCAUCUGCAAGAAACUUGAAUCCUAUUUGAUUCAGCAUAAGAAACAGAUUCAAGGUCUUAACUGCCUUUGCCAUAGCUGCCACCAAGUGAUCUUACAUUGCAUCUAAUUCCUCUUCAAGUUUUUCCAUUAAAUUCUUGUCUAUUUGCCACACGUCUAAGACUCUCAAGCUCAUCUUGCUUACUAGGAAUUCCCUUUACUUUACCACCCAAAUCUCAUCAAUUUUUGCCAAUCGCUGUGAAAUUUUCUUCUGGGACAUUACUCAAGCAAUGUGCUUCAUUUUUGGGUUGACAUAUCUAUCAAUGCAAACAUGGAUUUAGUAUAUUGUACCAUGGUGUGCUGGCAGUUGCUGUUAGCUCAUGCUGUCAAGCGCUCUGUUGUGGACCACACAACUAUUGGAACUUUUUUGGCACUGCUUAGAUAUCUUACAAACAAGCUUGGAUUUAAAGCCUUGUAUGACAUCUUGCUAAUUUUCUCCUGUAUACUGCCAGAAUUAAAUGAAAUCCGAAAGAUUUUUGUUAGAUUUCUAUGGCAUA